GCGGCGGCGGCGGCGGCGGCGGCGGCGGCGGAGGGGGACAAACUCUCCGGCUCCGCGCCGCGGCGGGCAGCCCGCGGUCAGGCAUGCAGGCGCGGCGUCUAGCCAAGCGCUCCAGCCUGGGCAGCCGCCGGGGGGGCGCCGCGUUGCAGGCGCCCGGCCCCGCGCCUGCCGGGGAAGGCACCGUGCCCGGCCUCCCGCCCCUCGGCCCGGGCGCGCACCCGGCCCCGGCCCCGGCCCCGGCCCCGGCUCCGGAGAGCUGGAGGCCGCCGCCGCCGCCGCGCAGCGCCGGGACCGGCCCCCCUCGGGCCGCCGCCGCCGCCGCCGCCGCCGCCUCGUCGCCCGUGCUGCUGCUGCUCGGGGAGGAAGACGAGGACGAGGAAGGCGGGAGCAGGCGGCGGAGGGGGCUCGGGCGGGUGGAGCAGAAGCCCCGAGGGGGCGCGGAGGAGGAGGAUGACGACGACGAGGACGAGGACGAGGAGGUGGUCGUCGAGGUGGACGACGACGACGAGGACGGCGAGGAGCGCUUCCCGCCGCUGGGCGCGGGCCGUGCGGUCCCCCGGGCCCCGGCGCGGGGCGCCCUGAAGGUGGGGAGCAUUAAACGGGAAAUGACCUUCACAUUUCAACCAGAGGACUUAAAACGUGACUCUAGUAAAAAAAUGUCUCAUCAACACUUGUUUUCCUUGGCCAUGGAGGAAGAUGUGAAAACAGCAGACACCAAAAAAGCCAACCGAGCCCUUGACCAUGAAAAAGAGAACACUCGCUCCAUCUGUCUCCUUGAGCAAAAACGAAAAGUUGUUUCUUCUAAUAUUGAUGUUCCUCCAGCAAGGAAAUCUUCGGAGGAACUGGACAUGGACAAAGUGACAGCAGCAAUGGUACUAACCAGUUUGUCUACCAGCCCGUUGGUUCGAAGCCCUCCUGUGCGGCCGAAUGGGCCCGAGGGCCUCAGCGGGUCCUGGAAGGAGGGAGGCGGCGUGCCCUCGAGCAGCAGCAGCAGCGGCUACUGGAGCUGGAGCGCCCCCAGCGACCAGUCCAACCCGUCCACGCCGUCGCCGCCGCUCUCCGCCGACAGCUUCAAGCCGCUCCGCAGCCCCGCGCCGCCCCCGCCGCCGCCGCCGCCGCCGCCGCCGCCCCCGCCCCCGCCCCCGGACGACGGCAUCGACGAGGCGGAGGCCAGCAACCUGCUCUUUGACGAGCCCAUCCCCCGGAAGAGAAAGAAUUCUAUGAAGGUGAUGUUCAAAUGCCUCUGGAAAAACUGCGGGAAGGUGCUGAGCACUGCAGCAGGUAUCCAGAAACACAUACGGACCAUUCAUCUUGGGCGUGUUGGGGAUUCCGACUACAGUGAUGGAGAAGAGGACUUUUACUACACUGAGAUCAAGCUCAACACAGACUCAGUGGCAGAUGGACUGAGCAGCCUGGCACCAGUGUCACCUUCUCAGUCCCUGGCUUCACCUCCCACUUUCCCCAUCCCAGAUUCAAGCCGAACAGAAACUCCUUGUGCCAAAACUGAGACUAAAUUGAUGACACCCUUGAGCCGCUCAGCUCCCACCACCCUCUACCUCGUGCACACCGACCAUGCUUACCAGGCCACACCCCCCGUGACCAUUCCAGGAUCGGCCAAGUUCACCCCCAACGGCAGCAGCUUCAGCAUUUCUUGGCAGUCUCCUCCAGUUACCUUCACAGGCAUUCCAGUGUCACCAACACAUAACCAUCCGGUGGGCACAGGAGAGCAGAGGCAGCACACUCACACGGUCUUGUCCUCCCCACCCAGGGGGACCGUCAGCCUGAGAAAGCCCCGGGGAGAGGGCAAGAAGUGCCGCAAGGUGUACGGCAUGGAGAACCGGGACCUGUGGUGCACGGCUUGCCGCUGGAAGAAGGCCUGCCAGAGGUUCACCGACUGACACACAGGUCCGCCCAGCCGGCAGCCUGGGGGCCACUGUCCUCGCCCUCCACCGCAGGUUCUGGAAAAAACGCUUUUUCUUCUGAACAAAACACACUUGAAGCCCGGGAAAAAAAGCACCUCCAGGAAACUUGGUGGAAUGACAGCAAAAAAUAAAUAAAUAAAUAAGGUCACCACCCUCACUGCUCUGGCUGAGAAUCCAGCGUGGGGCAGCUCUUUUUUUUUUUUCCUUGAAAAGUCAGCUUUUGGGGUUUUUUUUGUUUUGUUUUGUUUUUUGGGGUUUUUUUGUGCUUUUUUGUUUUGUUUUGUUUUUGCCGUACGUCUAGGUCUGGAAAAAAAAAAAAACAACAACAAACGACUGUGGACUUCUGUAGCAAUUGAACCAACAAAGCCCAUUUUGCCUAGAGAGGAGGCGUAUUUUGAUAAGCUUUCUGAAUCAUGCCAUCUCUGAGAUUUUUUUGACAUUAAAAAAAAAGGCUACACGUUAUUCAGUAGCAUUUGUACAGAGAACAAUACCCGCUUUCAUUGUGAAUAGGACCUUCCCUGUUUCCCACCCGCCCGCAGCAGCGCGCACCACGCUGGGCCGCGGCAGGUGCAGGUUUGGCUCCUCUGUCCUGCUCGUCUGUUCUGGCGUCGAGGAGCGGCGGAGGCGGAGCGGAGCCCGAGCGCCCCGGGGUACGGACACAGACAGGCGGCUGACCCCGCCGCCCACCGGUGAGGCCGGCCCGGCCACCUGGGUAAGCUCGAUGCUGCGUUCCGGGGCGUCGCUGCCAGGCUUGCGGGGCAUCGGGCCCGCCCUCAAAACCCCACCCCUGACCCGGGUCAGGAACCACAGAGAACUCGGGCUGUCCCCGCAGGUGCGCGGCCCGCGUCCCCAUCCGUCCAGAAAGACGUGUGAGCUCACCAAGCCAACAUCCGUUCCCAGUGCACUUUCAUAGGUUUUAUGCUUUAGCAUGUCUGGGGGAUGGGUUCAGGAACCAUAUAAACGUGAUAGGGGCACGUGGGAGGGUCCCAAAUUUUAUUUUUCUUAUAAAAACGUCGGAACUGUUCGCGAAGCAUUUGCUCAGAGGGAACACCAAAAGGAAAAUGCGUGUUGGUAUAGGAAUCUCUCAGUCUAGCAGGGCCAGGGUUUGCACCAGGCCGCACCUGGCGCCCUGGCGCCUAUGUUGGUUGGUUGGUUGGUUUCAGGGGUAGUGGUGUGGGGGAGGGGAGCAGUUGUCAGGCUCUCUCUAUAAGUUCAUCAUCUCUCUAUCCUACUCUGGACUGCCCUGCAUAACGAGUUGUUUCUCCUAUACCUAUGCAAAGAAGUUUUUUAAAAAGCACCUUAUAGGAUGCACUGUGUCAGGACGGGGAGCCUACGAUCAGCCAUAGGAAUGUUCGAUGAAAUUGCACAGAGGAAAAUUUAAUAUAUGUUUAGAGACUGUACGUACACUUUUGUUUUAAAGAGUUGAAAGAAGGCAUCUAGUAAUAACCAAUAUCCUUUUCCUCUUAUGAUCGAGGGAAACAGGGGGAGGUUCCGCAGUGUGAGAUCCACAACCUGUCCAUUCAUAUAUUUGGGCAAUUUAUUUUUUAGGCUUCCAUUUGACUUUUUAAACAUUCUUCCUUGGAAGGGAUCCUGUUCUCCCCCCUUCGUUCUAUUUUUAUUUGAAGAACAGUGAUUUCAAGAGAGCAGAAAAAGAGCUUCAUUUAAUUUCAUGAUUACCAGUCACUAGUAGCUACAGCACCAGCUAUAAUGUAUGUUUUAGUAUUUACAAGGUCAGCCAGGAAAGGGCUUUUUUUCUUUAAGUGCAGGAAUGCAUUUGCAUCCUCAACCCCAGCAUUUCUUUUCUCCUUCCUGGAGUCCUGUUGCUCUGCCUACAGACACCCUCUGCUGUGGCAUGAUGCUCUCUGGCCUGGCCCAGGAGGCCUGAGCUGCAGGUGGACUGCCCAGUGGCCACAACGAGCCCAGAGCUGAAGAAUCAUUUGAGCAGGUUCACUGUGUACGGAAGUGAUGGUUCGCUGAGAUGCAAUCCCAGAGCAGAGGUUUUCCUCUUCGGUGAAGCUCUCUGACCCAAGAUCUCUGGAUUAAGUCAUCCAGCAAAAACAAAGUGAUGGGGGGCUAAAUCUAUCCUCUCCAGCCCCCAGGACUUUGGAUCACAAGGAGGAAGAGGUCUUUUCUGUGAAGCAGUCAGUCCUGGAGUGAGGUUUUGUGGCUGUCCCCCAGAGAUGCAGCCCGUGAUGAGUUCUGAGCGCUGGCCUGGAGGAACCAAGCUCAGGCCUUCCUUGGUUUUUAGCCAAUACACAAGGGGUAAGCAGAAGUGUAAAGCUGAAUGCAGCUUCCCUGGGAUUUCUUCUUUCUAAAGCCUUUUUUACAUGUACUCUUCUGCAUCUCCUACCCACAUAGGGACUCCCUUCUGCCAACUGGCCCUGAUCCCUGUGUACCUUCUUUCCAAGUGUGCACAGACCCUCAGUAGCUUCCUGCACACACAGACAUCCUUUCUUUGUAUCAAGACAUGUAAUAACUAGAGAACCAUCAAAAUUCACCUGGCUGGCCUUGGGAAAAAAAAAAAAGUGAUUAACUUCUUGCAAGCCACCCAGAAAGCUAUGAACUGCAAUCUACAGCACUGAUUGUAAAAGCUAAAAUUAAAAAGAAAAAAGUCAUAGACUAUUUUGUUAUAUUUUGGAAUUAAAUGAAGUGCCAAAUUGAGCCCGACAUUCAUUUUAUGCCAUCUCUGUUGUACCACGUUUUUUUAAUGUUUUCAUUUGGGAAGGAGAGGCAGAGGACAGGUGGCAAGGGUGGUCAGUCCCACAACAUGCCGGCUGAUUUACUGGAGUUCCGUCCAUCCCAGGGAUCUCAGACACCUGUCUGUGCAAAAGGAAUGGCAAUACAAAGGAUUCUGGACCCAAAGUAUUUUCAAACAAGGCGUGCUAUAGCCUUUUGACCUUUCUCUCCCUUGAUACACCUUCCUUCAGAAAAUAGCUCUCAUCUCUGUCUAAAGAAGGCAUUUCAUACUAAUGGACAGGCAUUCUUCAGAUAGGAGCUACAAGGCAAGGAGAAUUCAUCAGGCCAUAGUUUUAAGCUAUAGUCCUUCCCAGAGGAUGUGUGCUCAUUUAUGGGAAGCAAUGUGACAAGUUGGAGAAAACACCAGGGUAGCAAGUGGGGUGCAUUGGGGACCAGAGAGGAGGUAAGAGGCCUAUGGACAUCUGGCUCCCACUCAUCUUCUUAAUGCUGGUCGUCCCUGGGCACCUCCGAGGGAGCCAUCAUGUUGUCCCUCCAGGGGACAGAGCAAGCAGAGAUCUCCCUUAAGGGAGGCAGCUCUGACCAGGGAUAUAGGGCCGCUGCGCACAUCUGUGGGGGGGCGCGGACUUCCCACCUCACCUGCUGGCAGGUUUCCCCUCUUGGCUGGGAAAAGCCAGUGUCAAGAAUGCAGUGGGUUUCCUGACCAAGUGGGUGCUCAGCUGUGGAGUUGCCUGUCAGCAGCUCCAUGCCCCAAGGUGCCCUUUCUCCACGCCCCAAGGUGACUGGACAAGGAAUCCUUGUCCAGUCAUAACCGUGUUGCAGAUGAAAACUUUCAAUAGACCAGGAUGGGUGUUAUGGUUCUCGGGCAUUCCAAAAUCUUUACAUGAAAUAGUUCCGUGAGUGUUGCAAAAGAUUUCUGGAGCUGAAAUGCCCUCUAUCAGAUUUCAAGGUCACUUGAGUUUCAGUGUCACUCUAAACCACACUUUUGAAAGCCGCCCUGGGUUCUGAAUUAGCCCGCGUGGCUGAACCCAUUUCCUCCUUCAUCAGACUUCACUGGCAAAUGAAAGAGCAGCAUCCACUUGAGAAUGUGGAGAGAGAGGUGGCAAGAACUGUACAAACAGGAGAGAAUACCUUGAGAAUAGUAGCAAAAUACUGUAAAUAAUAUUCAUUUCCUCAGGGAAAAUUAAAGGGUAUGUGAAAGAUAGAUUUGGGAGAUCCUACGAGUAGAAAGACUUUUAUUAUCUCUAGUGUCUCUUCAAGUCAGAACAGCUUGGUGUUUGGGGGGUUUGUUCUGUUUCUGUUUCUAAUGAACAUGAUCAUUAUUUCAAGACAAAUUUACAUGAACCGGACAGUGUCAACUUUUGGAGUUGUGGAGGAAUGUUCUGUGUUUCUUCGUAGCUGACCUGCAGUCUGAGGCUGACACUUGAACCACAGGCACAGUCCCUGGCAGGUAUUCAUAGGCUCGUGUAAGGCUUUUUCUGAAUGUAAUUGUGAAUACGAAGCCUUGGUGUUCCUCUUUAUAAUCACCCGGUUGGACGACUGCACGCAGAUAUUCCAUAGGUGGAAGCUGUUAAAGACGUGUGUUUUGCUUUAAUAGCGUGUUAAGGAGCAAACUUCCAUGGACUUGUAUGGACAAGGUGCUGCUUUUUCUCAUGACCCUAUAGAAUUUCCAUCGACCACAUCAACUGUAGCGUUGACCUGUAUGAACACAGGGAAGGAUUUGUGCAUACAAAUGAGAGGAAACAGAGCAGAAUUCAUGAAUAUGGAUGAGGAUGUGGAUCAUUCUGGAGAAGGCACUAGGUCCACGGGUCAACUGGAAAUUUCAUUUCUCUAAGAAAAUAAUCCUACCAGCGGCACGCACACUCUCCCUAUUCCUCGUACCUGUGGGGAUUCCUCCGUACUGGAACUGUUGCGUUGUGUCUUUUUGCAUUGUAACUCGUCAAACCAGAAGUCAGUAAAUAAAACGAGAUUAGCACUUUUAGGUACCAAUUGUAUCAGUAAGUAAUGCACACCAGUAGAGCAAGAAAGUAUAAAGUGUAUUUAAGACCAACCGGUUUGUUUAUGGGGACUGACUGAAAAGGCCCAUCUCCAAUGAUACCCAUGCUUUAAAAGGUGUACCUAUCAUAGGGCUGGAAAUCAAAAUGGGAAUUGUACUUCCAGUCCCGUUUUUGUAAAUAGUUGCUUUUUUUUUUUUUUUGAAGACAAUCUCAUGUUUUAUAACUUUUCUUGUAGGUCUGAGAGUCACAAUGGUAAUGUGCUGUGUCAAAAUGUAAUCUUAAAUGCGAUAAUGAUUAUAACUUAAUUUUCCAAAUAAGACAAGAACUAUACCGCGUUAGGCUUCUACGAUUCUGAGAGACAUGACACUUUUAUAAUAAGCAUUAGUACUUAACUUCUCAAGUUAGCAGAACUGGAACUAUUUUACAAGAUGCAGUGUUUUGUAAUCACAAAGAACAUGAACAUUUUGUGGGAAAUGACCUUGGUUUUAUACAUUGUAGCCUAUUUUUUAAAAUACAGUAUUUACCAGACAGGAAGUGUAAGUAUUAUAAGCAAUUCCUGCUCUCCAAACAAAGGGCUAUGCCUCUUUUAAGCAAGUGUUUUGAUGCAUAUCUUUUCAAUGAACCCUCUGCAGCAAGGGUAGAAAUGCAGAUCAAAUGGAAAGAGUAUCACAAGAGAGUCAAGAGAGCAACAGCUACUCCUUUUAUCAUCGCCAGUGUGUUUGCAAAGUAUGAUAGAGAAAGACACUUUAGGAAUCAUCCUAUGCAUCUUAAGUCAGAAAAAAAAAUGUUACUAGAUAUGCUUGUAGGCAAUGGGAGAAAAUUCUUGGAAUUUUGGAAAUUCCUUAGUAUAAAAUGAGUUUCUGUCACAAAGAUAAGCUUACCACACGCCUGCAUCUAACCAGCAAGUAUCAUCGGGUGGUAAUCUCUAAAACCGUGGUAUGGAAGCCCAAAGAUAGAAUUUUGAGGUGAUUGGUGGUGUUUAAAAUAAGUUUUUCCUCAGCACUAACUAAAUAACCUUAACUUCCUUAUCAAAGCAAAUGCUUGACUUUUCACGAGAACAUUUGAACAGACGUGCGAGGUUGUCAUCGCAAAGUCACUGUGUUCCCAAGGGUCGGGAAACUAGGGAGGGAGCCAUGGAGAGUUUAUUAACUGCACAAAUAAUUUUGAGCUUUGCCAAAACCAUUUCAUAAUGCUGUACAGCUUUUUCUAGCCCACUCGCUGUUUAAGAAAGAAAGAGAGAGAAAAAGAAAGAAAAGAAAGAAAGAAAGAAAGAAGAAAGAAAGAAAGAAAGAAAGAAAGCAUCUUUUCUUUCUAAGAUUUCAGUAACUCAAAAGCUAGACUAAUUAGCAGUAUGCAGAAAACAUCAAAAGAAAAGCUGGGAUAGAAUGACCGUAUACCCAUUGAGCAAUUCCUAUGAAGUAGUCAGAGGGUCACUCAGACCUUGCUUUCCAACAGGCUUUAGAAUCUGCACACAUGAGGACUAGAAUUGCAUAGAGAUGGGGAAAACCGUGUACAGCCUUGACUCCUGGUCUCUGAGAUGAGGCAGUCUGCAAAUCUCUGACUUCAUUCCCUUGACUGUCUCCAUUGUUAGCAUUAAAUCCCCCAAGAAGUGCUUAUUGCUGUAUGGUUUUGAACCAAAUCCGUCUUGCUUCUUUUUAAAAUGGCAGCUAGGAAGCUUCUCUGGGUUAAUAGCAGAAGCCUUAGAAAAGCCAGGCAGGAUCUGUAAAUGAACGAUUCAGAUCAGGCGAAACAGGGACACUACGGAAUGGUGGAGAUCAUUGUGAACUAGAGAGCCCAUGACCCCAUUGCAUGCAGCAACCAGCUCUAGACAAUCAGAACCAUGCAGAAAUCAGGCCCAGGGCUGCUAGAUCUUCUGACUUGGAAAUAUGAUGUUACCUGACAUUUAAGUGUUGACAACUAACUCAAAUUCUUGGCCAACACUGUGCAGACCAAAGAGAACCUGUCUACGGGCAGAGGCGGCCUCUGGCCACCAGUCUCACCUGUUGGGGAAAGCACAUCUCACAUCCCAUGUCCCCUGGGUCAGAUUCCUCCCUCAGCCCCCACAAACUCACCUGUUAGUACUCUCUGGGCACCUAAAAUCAAAGAAGGGAAGGAGGUCAGUUCUCCCAAGAAAUCAUUCUCAUGGAAGACUUGAAUAUAAAACCUUAAACCAGCCUUGCCUCGGAUCCAAAUACGCUGAAGGACUAUCCAGCUCUCCCUCUGCCCCCCUCUGGCGUGCCCAGGCCACAUCCCAAAGCACUGAAGAACCGUCACCCCACCUUAAGUUUUCACCUACCGUGACCACUGUGAUGAGGGGCUGGCAAGGAGCAGCCUUGUGCCUUCAGAGAAGGCAGCCAGGAGCCCCCGCAGUUUGAGAUCGCACACUCCGCCAGCCCCUCCACACCCCUUCCCGCUCCAGUAGUUUUCCAGUAGUUUUCAUUCCAGCGUAGAAUUUCCAUUGUUGCAUCUCCAACAUAGCACCAUCCUUGCUCCAGAACUGGUAGGUAUUUUAGAGUGUCCACUAACCCCCCAAAAAGAGUUUUUCCACAUAGAAAACCUUAGCGUCUCUGUCUGAGGGCAAAGACAAAAUGGGAAUAAAUGUGUCAUGGAAAAAAAUGAGAAGAUGCUGCUUUUGCUCAGAUGGACUGACUUUAGACUGUGUCUUACACCAGAGUCCUGAUGGCAUUGGGAUAAUCCCUAACCCUUUCACAUAUACAAAAAGAUAUGUCUCUUUCCAAUACAUUAUUUCCUUUGACAUUCCUAAGGACCCAGUGUAGAGUAGGAGUAUUUAGGAUCACCUCCAAGGCCAACCCAGGGUAGUGUUAUGUCUAUGAGUCAGCCUUAUCGCUGCCCAAAGGGAGAAGGGGAAGAAUUUGGAAAAGCACUUGGCUUGGACCUAAGUCUUCCAGAAGCUAAACCGGAAAAGACCCAGGCCCCCACCAGGUUCUCAAUCCGCCCUCUCAGCCCUGGCCCUUCAGCAUAGAAAAAAGAAGCACAUGCUCAUUCAUGUUGUCACAUGCCAACUGAAUCAUCCCUGGCUGUCCCCCGUUAUGGUGCUGCCGUGUCCCAACUCCCAAAGUUCCAGCCAGCUGAGUGGUCAGUUAAUUAUAGGAGUUUCUCAGCUAACGUGAUGUUCUGAGUAAAAGCUUUGCCUUCUUGGGGAAAAAAAAUUAUUUUGCUGCUAUCAUUCAACAUUGGUUGUCCUUGUAAACGUAAAUCGCUGCCAGAAAAUUUUAAAACUACUCAAAUGGGCAAUGUUGAAUGAUCAAAUCAGAAAGGACUGUCAACUCAAAGUUGGAAACACUUGGGGAGAUGGUUAAGUCACGUUUAAAACAUGAAUGCUGUUUAAACAACCUUGUCAGCACCUGAGAUUUCUGUCCGUGUGACUAUUAAAAGGCUGCAUCCACCAACAAAGAGGUCACACGAGCCCUUUCUCCCUUUAGUUUACCAGGCUUCAUAGGGCGAGUUUAGGGUGAAGCCACUCACAGGGAGUGCGGCUGUGGAGCUAGAAGGGGCCUACACCAUGGUGACCUGCCACCUGCUUCACUCUGAUAAAUGAUGUGUUUAUCAUCUGUCUGAGGAUACAGUGCUGGAGGAGGGAACACUCGGGCACUUUCCUCCUGUGCUGGCAAAGCAGCCAGUUCUGCAAUGGUGACACCCAAGCCACAGGAGCGGCAGGGCUUAGCAAACGAGCAGGAAGCUGAGGUUCCAGUAGAAGAUGACUAUAGAUUCUGAAAGCAGGCGGAGAUUGGGAAUUUGACCCUCACACUGUAUUCCUUGCUUUUUAAAAAUGUUCUUUCAUAUUGGGCGCUGUUCACGUCCUUAUUAAUGGCCAGCUUCCAAAGGGAAAAAAAUCCCUUUUAUUUAUAGUAUGAAAAUGUUGAAAGUUAAUUCUUGAGCCUAAGUGUUACAUUUCCUUACUAAGGGCAAUUGCCUGAUUUUUUUAAUUCAGAAAGUUUACCAUAGUAGAAAGCAGCAACUCCUGAAAAAGGCAGGAGAGCUGUCAUGAAAGAAAAUUUUCUUAAAAAAAAAAAAAAAAAAAGUUGCUCGUCUGUUUUCUCCUGAAUUCUUUCUACCUCUCUGACUCAAGAGGAAAACCAGGACUCUGGAGAAGAAAUUGAGCAGAGAGAGACAGAGAGAGAGAGAGAACAGUCCCCAUUCUGGUGACUGGUCUCACACACCCACCCCCACCCACCCCAGCUUGGCAACCACGUCCUGUCCACUCGCAUAACCUUACUGAGGCCAUGCUGUUAUUAUGUAAAUUCCUUUCCCAAAAUUCCAAAUUAAACACUUUUGCUUCUGUGCUGCUGACUUCCUCACUCUCCAAUUAAGGUCCAAGGGGAGAAAUAUUACUGUAACUUGUAUGUGAGGUUCAGUCAGUGAGGCUCCCCUCUUCCUUCUGACAAAAAUUUCCAUCUGUCUGAGCAGUUCCGGGCGAUCAUUCAGAGAGCAGGUCAGUCAGCAUGCAGCCUGCAGUCCUCAUCACAAGAGAUUCAGACUCGCUGAUAAAGACAAGACAUAGAUCUAAUCCUUUCACCUGGACUCAAAGCUCUCCACCCAAGUCACCUCCGACCAGGCCUGUCCAUGGGGAAAGCCAACUGUGUGAUCAGAACCAACAUGGAAGGACAGAAGAAAAGAGCUUCAUAUUGAAUUUCCCUGGGCCCUGACCUCUGCCCAUAAUGAUACAGCUUGAAAAUUGACUUGGCCUUUAUUGUGUGAAAAGAAAGUGGCUCCUGCAAGGUGUAAUUGUUUUAACUUGAUGCUCAUGCAAGGAGAUGACUACUCCAAUCUGCUCUCACUGUUAAGCACUUGUCCCUCACCCUGGUGGAGCCCUCUUCCCAUGCUUUGGGCCCACGUGGCCAAGAGAGCAAAGAAAAAGGUAGAGCUUUGGGGGCCAGCAGCACCAGAGUCGGAAUUACCCCUCAGGGAUCUACAGUGUAGUGUAAUUAUAAACUAACCCCCUUCCAAAAAAAAAAAAAGGAUGCAUCACUUUGCAGAUUACAAACCCUUGCUUUGCUUUUUACGCCUUUUUAUCCUACUCUCUGCUAAUUGGAAAUCAACGACUGUGACUUGACCAAGCCCUGUGAUGAUAGCAAAGCCCCUUCUUCCAAAGUAUCCCAACUGUCUGAGGAACCUCUGUGAUCACUGGUAGAAAGCUUUAGAAUAGACUUAGAUUUUUAGGAAAGAACUCAAUACCCCCAAAAUGUUCCAUGACUUCAAUAACUGAAAAUGCUCUGGGUGUAAAACAACCCAGGAAUGUGGAUUAUAUAUGUUUUUAAAAAAAAUGCCAUUAAUCAAUAUUUUCCUACAACAUGACCUAGAAUUCCUAUUUUUGUAAUUAAUGGUUGGACGAUGGUCAGCCAUUUAAACAUAGGCUCUCUGGAAUAACCAGAUACUAGUGUAGUUUCCAAAGUGUUUCAUGUCUCAAAAUCUAUAUACUUAGAAGAAGAACUCAGGAUAAGAAAAAAAUCGCUAGGUCCCAAAGGGUUCAUGACCAUCAUCAAAUGCAACUACCGAGUGGCCUACGGUCAUCUUUCUCAAAUGAAGGGGCUGAGGAGCGAGAGAAUAAGUUAUCACAAACCCUCCGUUGCCCUUUGUCCAUGGUAAGGUUUUUUAAAAACAAAAACAAAACAAAAAAAUAACAACAAAGAAAAAACCUCUACUUCUCAAAAUUAAGCCAUCUUUUAAAUUGUUUUCUACACCAAAUCUAAAAUGUGAUCAUGAAAUUAUACAAUAUUUCAAAUGGGGUAUUUAGUGGAAAUGUUGUCAGUAGAAAGCAUUGCUUUUUGAGUGCCUGCUAAUCGAGGAAAGCCAGACUGAAGAGAAAGAAGCAGUCCCUCCUGUGUGAUGCCAGUGGUAAAAUGACAGGCGUUAAUUUGUAAUUGGGCACGAAUUCAAAAGCAAUGUGGCGAUGCUAUCCGAUUUUUAGAGAUCUUUUGGAAUACAAUCUUACCACCAUUUGGAGGUAAGUAAGUACUUGCUUACAAAAGUCUUUUAAUAUUAGUGAAUGAAUGUAUAAAGUUACAAACUAUGCAUUUUCAAAGAGUAACGUGUAUUUUGUAUCAAAUCCAAGUAAAUUUUUUUCAUAGACUUAUCACAAACACAAAUUAUUCAAAAUAAACUUGAACACAUAACAUUACGGGAAUGUGGGACUCCCAUCUAUACUCUUCCAGCUGAUAUUUUUAAAGAUCGCACAUUGAAAUUUCAAACUCUAAACAACUCCAGCCAUUAAGGUAAAUAAAUAGGAAAUGGUUUCUAUUUUACUUCUUAAGCAGGAAUGAGAAAUGCUGGUUGUUACAAAACGUGCACAGUUUUUUGAAGGUGGAUGUUCUAGUAACCUUGGAUUAACAGGCAAACGAAACUGCAUAAGGUUAAUGAGCGUCGCAUUGGAGAAAAAAUAGCAGAGGUUGUGUCUGUUGUGUUGAAUUUUCAAUCUGAGAACAAAAACUACUCUCCAAAGGGUUUGGGUUAUAGCCAUUUCAAAGAACAAAAUAUAAAAAUGCUGUCCAUCAAAGCAAAUCAUCCGGCUUUUUUCAAAAGUACAUGGAGAUAAUGACUUACAUUUCUGGAACGUCCAGAUAGAAUAUACACACAUAUCUUCAGCCCUCUUGCUGAUUUUUUAUUCCCAUGAAACCCUUCCCCGAAUAAUUUAUCCUUGCUCCUUAAUUAGUGCUUUACUACGUUACUCAGCAUGAAAAAAUAUUCUUUCCCUUCAUCUGACAAUGUUGAAAUAAAGAACUCAUUUCUCUGCCAUCCUAGUUUUCGUCUAUGUCCGUUGAGAAAGUUUCUCAACUGUUUGUAGAAAUAUGAAAAAUAAGGAAAAACGCACUUCUAAACCUGGUACUUACGGUUAUACUGGAUAUGUUUGCUACCUAUUUAGAAGUUACUGGGGGUGGGGAUGUGUCUUUUUUAUAUGAUUUUUAGCCAAAUUCAGAUGUUCUGAUACUACAUUUCUGAAUACCUAUCUGACUGUAAAUACAGCCUGUGGAGGUUCAGGUUAAUAAACCUUUUAUGUGACUGUUCCUCAGACAUGCUCCUUGCCAGCUUUUGGCACAUUGUACAUAGAUUUGUUGAAUGUUUCAAUGAUGUUGUUUUUCUAAAUGCUGUUCUCUAAAAACUUUUUGAAUGUUUUUUGCUUUCCAUUGUUUGGGACUUUGUGUGUUGGUUUAAAAUAAAUAAAUAAAUGUUUCCUAAAUAUUUAACACCAGGAAAAAGAUUUACAAUAAACUGGUGCUAAUUGAAAUAGAAGACAAAUUUCAGAUUUGAAGACUUACGAUAUAAAAUGUUCACACCAGUUAAACUAAACUGCACUUUCCCAAGGGGACAGCUAGUAUCUACCUGCAAUGGGCAGCAGUAGGACCACUGAAUGUUUACAGUUUCUGUGGCCCAUUUAAGUGUAGAACAUAAAGAUGGCACUGUCCCCCCAGAGUUGAGGAUUUGCCACAUUGGUCCUAUGGAAGCAUUUAAGUAGAAGUAAAGGCUUAUAGUAAGAAUCAAUUUAGUAAUAGUCUUCUGGUCUUUGGACUUUCAUGUUCUGUAAUGCUUAGCUGUAACAAUGAAUAUGGUGUUGCCAAUGUAGUCUGACAUCAUCGUUGACCUGUACUUAUUGCGUGUAUGGUUCUACCUUGGGUUGCACUGGCACAUGCCAAGCCGGAACACUGGACUUUCAAUAAGACCAUUCUGACUUCUACAGUGUCCACACACAUGAAUUUAAAUGCACUUGUAACUGGUUAAUUACCAUGGAGUCUAACUUCCACUUAAUAAAAAGUUUUUGUGUA